GGGUCUCCCCAGCAGUCUAGCCCAAAAGACGAGCGCGAGUGGAUCGCUUUGAAGAGCGUAACUAUUUUUGUGAUUACGUGGUGAUAUAUACGUCUAUUUUCGAAAUGGUAGUCAUAAAGAACGAACAGAAGAUCUCAGUUCCGGAGUAUCUGAACGAAAAGUUUUUCACGGAUACUUUGGAGGAGGGACUUCGUGAAACUAAGGUGACCCUGAAAGAGAUCAACUUUGAGUGGGGCAGUAAUCCUGGGGACAACUACUGCUCGGCAAUCUAUCGAGUCCAGGUCUCAUUUGCCAAAUGGGUAGAUGGCAAGGAGUCGCCAGUGAAAGAGCAGCUCUCGCUGAUAGUUAAGACCAUUCCCAUCACAGAGGCCACGCAGUUCCUGGAGGAUGUUAGCGUGUUCAUCAAGGAGAAACAGACCUACACUGAUGUCCUGCCACGUCUGGACAUUCUCAGCCGCAACGACAAGUUCGGCGCAAAGUACUACCAUUCGGUGAAGGCCCCGGUACAAACUAUUGUGUUUAGUGACCUAAAGGUGGAGGGCUAUAAAGUGGCUUCUCGGGAAUCUGGCCUGGACUGGAACCAUGCCUCCCUCAUUCUGCAACAACUGGGCAAGUUCCACGCCACCUCAAUGGUAUUGGCUAAGAAGGACCCUGCCAUCGUGAAACAAUAUACCCGCGGUAUGCUGAGCGAAGACAUUCUGAUGAAGAGUGACACCUUCGAACAUAUGUUUGGUGGUUUCCUCAAGGGUCUCAUCAAGAGCUCUGCCAGUUGGCCCGGCUUCGAGAAGAUUAGCGCCAACCUGCAGCGACUUAUGGAUAACUUCCGGCAAGUGUGCGUGGAUGCAGCUAAGCCAAAGCCCGGAGAUCGGUACGUUGUUCUGAACCAUGGUGAUAUGUGGACGAACAACUUCAUGUACGCGUAUGAGAAUGCUUCCAAGCCGGAAGUUCCCACACGAGCCAUCUUUGUCGAUUUCCAACUGAGUUUCUACGGAAGUCCAGCGUGCGAUUUGAACUUCUUCCUGAACACUAGCCUUAAGUUCGAGCUUGUCCAGGAGCGAAGGGAAGAGCUCAUAAAAGUGUACUAUGCUGCCUUCAAGGACGCCUUGGAAUACGCCCGCUUUGAGGACAUUCCCACCUAUGAAGACCUGCAAUAUGAGCUUCGCAGCCGCGAGACCUACGGACUGUUUGGGUUGUUUGCUUUCCUGCCAAUGAUCACAAUGCCCAAGGAGCUGGCCCAGGACAAUAGUAUAGAAAAUAUGCAGGACGAGGCCUUUAAGCAGCGCAAAAUGGAUGCCAUCUUCGCCCAAAAGUUCCUCAACGAUUAUCAAAAGUGGGCCCUGAAGCGAGCGGAUACGCUCGGCGUAUUUGGUGACUACUAGAUACCUAGUUUCACCUAUUGGGGUUAGAGUUCGCUAACCUUUGUGAUUAAAUUCCGGUCGUCUUCCCAAAAUGCUGCCCGACUUGGUAGUCCAUUUGGUACAUACUUAUAUAUGUAUACAUGUGGACAUGUUGACUCUUUCCAUGAAAAGGCUAAGUUUAAUUAAACUCGUUUUGGAAGGCAUAUAAUUAGAUUAGAGAGUUGAUAUCAGAAAAGAAUAUUAAAUGGGUGUGAACUGUUUUAUUUCAUACCACCAAGAUA